AUGCACGACAGUGCAUUGCAAGCAGUUAUGGAAGCUGGAACACUCCUUCAAACUCUCCUCCUUGCCGGCUCUCCUCUGCAGUGGCGCCACCCUCUGCCACCACUUGACACCUAUCAGAUUCCACAAUCACCGGUGGUAAUUCCAGCACCACCACUAAAACCCAUUCACCAAGAAUCAUUACACAAUAUCAUUGCAACCAGCAACAUAAACAACUGGGACAUGAUUUUGAUACUUCCAUUGAGUCAAAGUGUCAAACAGUUGGUCUGCAUUGUCAAGGUUAUCUUUAGAACAAUUUAUAUCUUUCAACUUUCAUAA